AUGACCGAUACCGAAUCUGGGAAACGCAAGGCCUCCGGCCUUGCUGGGAAUAACCGUCCCGUGAAGAGACGAGCCUCCAAGGCUUGCUGCUGUUGCCGUGCCCGCAAGGUCCGCUGUGACGUGGUAGAGAAUGGCUCUCCCUGCACCAAUUGCCGCUUAGAUCAGGUCGAGUGUGUGGUGACGGAGAGCAAACGGAGAAGAAAAUCUCGCGUCGAAGCAGACAACCACCAUUCUGAAUCGCCAGGUGAAGCUUCGGAAGAGAAUCCUUUCCAUGGCCGCCUUAGUGAUCUAUCAGGGUUGGCCGAUAUGGUCCCUACGUCGCCCUCGCAGGCUUCGGUAGACUUAGACCAAGGCCAACAUAUGCCGCAUCUGCUCUAUCAAACACAGGCCCAGCGCAUCGGUUCCGAUGGCCGGCAUCAACGCCGCAUGGCCCCCAAUCCUGCAGUUCCCGCCUCAAUGCCGCUAGCCAACGUCACCACUCAAAUACAACAGCUCUUAGAUCCCAAUUUUGGCAAUGCCCGAGCCAGCUUCCUCCCGGACUACAUUCGAGGACUCCCCGGACGACUCCAGAAAGAUGAUAUUGACUACCUGGCCAUUAAAGGCGCUCUUACCAUCCCAGACGCGACACUCCGCAACGAGCUGAUUAAGAGCUAUAUUCACUAUGUGCAUACGUAUAUGCCUUUGCUCGACUUGGAAGAGUUCUUGCAGACCAUCGUCCAGAACGAUGGCAUCCACCGCAUCAGUCUGCUGCUCUUCCAGGCAGUCAUGUUUGCCGGUGUAGCCUUCAUUGAUAUGAAGCAUCUACAGGCUGCUGGCUACCAGACCCGCAAGGCCGCACGGAAGGUUUUCUUCCAGCGUGCCCGGCUCCUGUAUGACUUUGACUACGAGGUGGACCGCAUCUCGUUAGUCCAAUCACUUUUGCUCAUGACUUACUGGUACGAGACUCCCGAUGACCAGAAGGACACCUGGCAUUGGAUGGGUGUCAGUUUAUCUUUGGCCCACACCAUCGGCUUGCACCGGGACCCCGGCAACUCGCGGAUGGAUGUGCGCCGCCAGCGGAUGUGGAAACGCAUCUGGUGGAGUACCUAUACUCGUGAUCGAUUGAUUGCGUUGGGCAUGCGCCGACCGAUGCGUGUCAAGGAUGAUGAUUGUGAUGUGCCCAUGCUCACCCUUGACGACUUUGAAUUCCAUCCUUUCUCUCCCGAGAUCGUGGCUAUGGUUGGCAACUCGGAGAUUCUCCAGAAUGUCGCCCAUCAGCGCGAGCUUGCGUUGAUGUUUAUUGAAAAGGCCAAGCUGUGUCUCUGCGUCAGCCAUGUGUUGUCUGCUCAGUAUUCUGUCUUGAGCCACAAAUUCGGCGGUACCAUGGAGACUACCAUGAUGCUCGUUCCGAAGAAGUCCACCGCAGAGACCUUUGAGGUCCGUCGCUGUGACCAGGAACUGGAGGACUGGCUGGCCAAUCUCCCCAUUGAAACUCAGUACACUGCAUCCAACAGCUCCAAGCUGCCCGAAGCAGACGAAGUACUGCACUCACACCGCGCCCUGCUCAAGAUGGUCUACCUCACCACAUCAAGCGCUCUGCACCGCCCACAAGUCCUCCCAGCCAUCCCUUACCCUUCCACAGAUGCCGAACUCCAAGACAUGUCCCGCAACAAGGUCCGUUCCGCCGCUGUCGAGAUCACCGCAAUCGCCCAGGACCUGCACUGCCUGGACUUGACCCGGUACUAUCCCACAACCGGAGUCACUGUCCUCCUCCCCGCAGUCAUCAUCCACCUCCUCGACAUCAAGUCCAGCGACCCCAGCAUCCGCAUGACCAGCCUCCAACGCUUCUACCAGUGCAUGCGCAUCCUCCAGCGCCUGCGCGAGAUCUACGCCUCCGCCGACUUCGCCACCUCCUUUCUCGAAGCCGCAAUCCGCAAAGCAGGCAUCCAGCUCACCGUCUCCCCACAAGACGUCCAGUCCUCUCGCCAUUCCCGUCCGCGCAAAUCCAAUCCUGCCACCGCGGAUCCCUUCGGCGCAACUCCCUCCCGCCUCAACACCCUCACACCACCUCCAGACUCGCUCGCCCAGAAGAUUCCCGAUCUCACCUAUCCAAACCACACCGGACCUUCCGCGGGCGGACGGUCUACCGGCGAUCUGUUCGCCUCUACACCACCGCAUUCGGAUGAAAGCGAGAAUGGCAGCACGAAUAACCUCAACCCGAAUCUUAGCACCAAGGAUGCUUUCACCAUGCCGUCUGAAAUGAGUCUUACUGAAUUGAUGGACCUUGCCAAUGACGCCGAGGUCACUCAGAAUGACUUUGACGCGUUGAUCAACUUCGACGAGGCGAGCAAUACCGAUUUCUUCGCGGCUGAUGACGCGCAAAACAAUGAGCCAGAGGAGAAGGCGUUCGGGUUCAGCGUUGAUAACGUCGCCAUUCCGGGCUUUGAUACUGAGCCCAAAGCGGUUGAUUUUGCCCAUCUGGCUGAGAAUCACAUGUCCAAGGCUGAGACUGCAGGAGUCUCGGAAUAG